UGUUAAACCUGCGAUCACUUGGUUCAAGAGAAAAGAUUAGAAAUUAGUCAGAAUCGUGUACAUGGUUAAAUUCCUCAGUAGAUAAUUAGUAAUUACUGUGUUAUAAUAUUAAAACUAAUUAAUAUAAGAUAUAAUAAUGAUUUUGUUAGAGAUACACAAUAGGAUACUAGAAGAAACGUUAAGUAACAAAAUAAAAAAUACUCUGUCGGGUCAUAAACCAGAAUCCACAGAUGUUGUUAUAGCAGAUUUUGAUGGAGUUUUAUUUCAUAUUUCUAACUUAAGUGGUGACAAGUCAAAAAUUAGAAUAAGUAUUUUACUUAAAUUUUAUAAACAAUUACAAGAACAUGGGGCUGAUGAAUUACUUAUACGUGAAUACGGAUCUUACCUUAUAGCUCCAGAAAAUGGUUACAAUGUUUCUGUAUUAAUAGACCUGGAAAAUUUGCCUGAAGAUUGGGAAUCAUUAGUUAAAAAAGUUGCACUCUUAAAGAGACACUGUUUUGCCAGUGUUUUUGAGAAGUAUUUUGAUUUUCAAGAAGAGUAUUAUGAUUCACCAGGUACCCAGUUGCAAAAAAGGGCAGUAAUUCAAUAUAGAGACGAAGAAACAAUGUAUGUUGAAGCCAAAAGUGAUAGAGUAACAGUGGUAUUUAGCACAAUAUUUAAAGAUGAAGAUGAUAUGGUUAUUGGAAAGUUAUUUUUACAAGAAUUGAAAGAAGGAAGACGUGCAAGUCACACAGCUCCACAGGUUCUAUUUAAUCACCGUGAACCACCAUUAGAAUUACAAGAUUCUGAGGCAGCCGUUGGAGACUGUAUUGGAUACAUUACAUUCGUAUUGUUUCCAAGGCAUACAAACAGAGAAGCUCGUGAUAAUACUAUUGAUUUAAUACACAUGUUUAGAAAUUACUUACAUUAUCAUAUUAAAUAUAGUAAAGUUUAUAUUCACUCAAGGAUGCGCACCAAAACAACAGACUUCCUAAAGAUAUUAAAUAGAGCAAGAUCUCAAUCGAAAAACACUGAGAAGAAAACCAUUACAGGUAGAACGUUUAUCAGGAAGGAAUGAGUGUAAACAUAAGAUUAUAUUCCUUAUAUUGUUUUAAUAAAGGAUAAAUGACAAAGCUUUCAUUUAUCUCAUAGA